GGCACUGAGGAGAUCGGGCAGCGCCGUCAACCCGCUGCGGAGAGAGAGCGAGACCGGCACAGCGGGGCUGGGGCUGCUGGCUCCGGGGCGCUCCCACUUCCCCCAGUCCGGCGCGGGGCCGCGCGUGAGCUUCUCCCCCCGCUGCAGCCCCGCCAGCCCGGGCACCGCCGCCGGGCGAGAGGGGGAGCCAUGGCCGAAGGGGGCGAGGGCGAGGACGAGAUACAGUUCCUGCGAACUGAUGAUGAAGUGGUUCUGCAAUGCACUGCAACUGUUCACAAGGAGCAACAGAAACUGUGCCUUGCGGCAGAAGGAUUUGGCAACAGGCUCUGUUUUUUGGAAUCCACUUCAAAUUCUAAGAAUGUUCCACCGGAUCUCUCCAUUUGUACUUUUGUGCUGGAACAAUCCUUGUCAGUGCGAGCUCUUCAAGAAAUGCUGGCUAACACUGAGGAGAAAGCAGAAGGGACUGCACAAGGUGGUGGUCAUCGAACGCUUCUCUAUGGACAUGCAAUAUUGCUGCGCCAUUCCUACAGUGGCAUGUAUCUCUGCUGCCUCUCCACCUCACGGUCUUCGAUGGAUAAAUUGGCAUUUGAUGUGGGAUUGCAAGAAGACACAACAGGUGAAGCCUGCUGGUGGACCAUACAUCCUGCCUCCAAACAGCGAUCAGAGGGAGAAAAAGUGCGUGUUGGAGAUGACCUCAUCUUAGUUAGUAUAUCUUCCGAAAGAUACUUACAUCUGUCUUAUGGCAAUGGUAGCUUACAUGUUGAUGCAGCCUUCCAGCAAACACUCUGGAGUGUAGCCCCAAUCAGUUCAGGAAGUGAAGUAGCCCAAGGAUAUCUGAUAGGAGGUGAUGUGCUGAGGCUAUUGCAUGGUCACAUGGAUGAAUGCCUGACUGUUCCUUCAGGGGAACAUGGAGAAGAACAGCGAAGAACUGUCCAUUAUGAAGGUGGUGCUGUGUCGAUUCAUGCUCGUUCCCUUUGGCGACUAGAGACUCUAAGAGUUGCGUGGAGUGGAAGCCACAUUAGAUGGGGACAGCUAUUCAGACUAAGACAUAUAACAACAGGGAAAUAUUUAAGCCUCAUGGAUGACAAGAGUCUUCUUCUUACGGACAAAGAGAAAGCUGACGUGAAAUCUACAGCAUUUUGUUUUCGGUCUUCCAAGGAAAAAUUGGAUAUAGGGAUGAGAAAAGAGGUUGAUGGAAUGGGAGCAUCUGAAAUAAAGUAUGGUGACUCAGUAUGCUACAUACAACAUGCAGACACAGGCCUGUGGCUCACGUACCAGUCUGUGGAUGCAAAGUCUGUAAGAAUGGGAUCUGUGCAACGCAAGGCUAUAAUGCACCAUGAAGGCCACAUGGAUGAUGGUUUGACCUUGUCCAGAUCUCAGCAUGAAGAAUCCCAUACAGCACGAGUCAUCCGUAGUACAGUCUUCCUUUUCAACAGGUUUAUAAGGGGCCUUGAUGCUCUCAGCAAGAAAGUGAAGUCUUCCACAGUUGACUUUCCCAUUGAGUCAGUCAGUCUGAGCCUUCAGGACUUGAUCGGCUACUUCCACCUGCCAGAUGAACAUUUAGAACAUGAAGACAAACAGAACAGGCUAAGAGCACUGAAGAAUCGACAAAAUCUCUUCCAGGAAGAGGGUAUGAUCAACCUUGUCCUUGAAUGCAUUGAUCGCUUGCACGUGUACAGCAGUGCAGCCCAUUUUGCUGACGUAGCUGGGAAGGAAGCAGGAGAGACUUGGAAAUCUAUUCUAAAUUCUUUGUAUGAAUUACUAGCGGCACUUAUUAGGGGGAAUCGUAAAAACUGUGCUCAAUUUUCUGGAUCUCUUGACUGGUUGAUCAGCAGAUUGGAAAGAUUGGAAGCCUCCUCUGGAAUUCUGGAGGUUUUGCACUGUGUGUUGGUGGAAAGUCCAGAAGCUCUAAACAUUAUUAAGGAAGGACAUAUUAAAUCGAUUAUCUGUCUUUUGGACAAACAUGGAAGAAACCAUAAGGUUUUAGAUGUCUUGUGCUCUCUAUGUGUAUGCCAUGGAGUCGCUGUGCGGUCUAAUCAACAUCUAAUCUGUGACAAUCUCCUACCAGGAAGAGAUCUCCUCCUACAGACACGCCUUGUGAACCAUGUGAGCAGCAUGAGACCCAAUAUCUUCCUUGGGAUCAGCGAAGGCUCCGCCCAAUACAGAAAAUGGUACUAUGAGCUUAUGGUGGACUAUGUGGAGCCCUUUGUGACAGCAGAAGCUACUCAUCUUCGAGUGGGCUGGGCUUCAACAGAGGGCUAUUCACCCUACCCUGGGGGAGGUGAAGAAUGGGGUGGAAAUGGUGUUGGCGAUGACCUGUACUCUUAUGGAUUUGAUGGUCUUCAUCUGUGGUCAGGCUGUAUUGCACGGACAGUGAAUUCUCCCAAUCCUCAUCUGUUAAGAACGGAUGAUGUUAUCAGCUGCUGUUUGGAUCUGAGUGCCCCAAGCAUCUCAUUCCGGAUAAAUGGUCAACCAGUUCAAGGGAUGUUUGAGAAUUUCAACAUAGAUGGCCUCUUCUUUCCAGUUGUCAGCUUUGCUGCAGGAAUAAAGGUACGUUUUCUGCUUGGAGGCCGCCAUGGAGAAUUCAAAUUCCUGCCUCCACUUGGGUAUGCACCUUGCUUUGAAGCUGUUCUACCAAAAGAGAAGCUAAAAGUAGAACAUAGCCGAGAAUACAAACAGGAUCACCAAUGUACAAGAGACCUAUUGGGUCCAACCAUCUCUUUAUCCCAAGCAGCCUUCACACCAGUUCCCGUGGAUACUAGCCAGAUUGUAUUGCCUCCUCACCUGGAAAGAAUUAGAGAAAAAUUAGCGGAGAACAUCCAUGAACUCUGGGUUAUGAAUAAAAUUGAACUUGGCUGGCAGUAUGGCCCAGUUAGAGAUGACAACAAAAGACAACACCCGUGCUUGGUAGAGUUUUCAAAGUUGCCAGAGCAGGAACGAAAUUAUAAUUUACAAAUGUCACUUGAGACGCUGAAAACCCUGUUGGCAUUAGGUUGUCAUGUAGGAAUUGCUGAUGAAUAUGCUGAAGAAAAAGUGAAAAAACUGAAACUUCCUAAGAAUUACCAGUUAUCAAGUGGAUACAAGCCUGCUCCCAUGGAUCUGAGCUUUAUCAAGUUGACCCCCUCUCAAGAAGCCAUGGUGGAUAAACUAGCAGAGAAUGCUCAUAAUGUGUGGGCAAGGGACCGUAUCAGGCAGGGUUGGACAUAUGGUAUCCAGCAGGAUGUGAAGAAUCGAAGAAACCCCCGCCUUGUCCCAUAUGUCCUUCUGGAUGAUCGUACCAAGAAGUCAAACAAAGAUAGCCUCCGGGAGGCCGUCCGCACCCUUCUUGGCUAUGGUUACAACCUGGAGGCUCCUGAUCAAGAUCACGCUACAAGGUCAGACAUGUGCACUGGGAUAAUGGAAAGGUUCCGGAUAUUCCGCACUGAGAAGACUUACGCAGUAAAGGCUGGAAAAUGGUACUUUGAGUUUGAGGCUGUCACUGCAGGAGACAUGAGAGUUGGCUGGACCAGGCCAGGCUGCCAGCCAGACCAGGAACUUGGCUCAGAUGAGCAAGCUUUUGUCUUUGAUGGCUUCAAGGCCCAGCGGUGGCACCAGGGUAAUGAGCAUUUUGGCCGCUCUUGGCUGGCAGGGGAUGUUGUGGGAUGUAUGGUUGACAUGAACGAGCACACCAUGAUGUUCACCCUGAAUGGUGAAAUCCUGCUCGAUGACUCAGGUUCAGAGCUUGCAUUCAAGGACUUCGAGGUUGGUGAUGGAUUUAUACCUGUGUGCAGCCUGGGCUUGUCUCAAGUGGGAAGAAUGAACUUUGGCAAAGAUGUCAGCUCCCUGAAAUAUUUUACUAUCUGUGGCUUACAAGAAGGCUAUGAACCCUUUGCUGUUAAUACAAACAGAGACAUUACCAUGUGGCUGAGCAAGAGACUCCCUCAGUUUUUCCCAGUGCCACCAAACCAUGAACACAUUGAGGUGAUGAGAAUAGAUGGCACCGUAGACAGCUCCCCCUGUUUGAAGGUCACACAGAAGUCCUUUGGCUCACAGAACAGCAAAAUAGGCAUCAUGUUUUUUCGCUUGAGCAUGCCAAUUGAGUGUGCAGAAGUAUUCUCCAAAACAUCAGCAGGAGGGUUGCCAGGCACUGGUCUUUUUGGCCCAAAAAGCGACUUGGAGGAUUAUGAUGCUGAUUCUGAUUUUGAGGUUCUGAUGAAGACAGCUCAUGGUCACCUAGUGCCUGAUCGGGCAGAAAAAGAAGCUACAAAACAAGAGUUCAAUAACCACAAGGAUUACACUCAAGAGAAACCUUCACGUCUUAAACAAAGGUUUAUGCUCAGAAGGACAAAGCCAGAUUACAGCACAAGCCACUCGGCACGGCUCACAGAGGAUGUUCUGGCAGAUGACAGAGAUGACUAUGAUUACUUGAUGCAUACUUCUACGUACUAUUACUCAGUGAGAAUAUUUCCUGGGCAAGAACCUGCUAAUGUCUGGGUGGGCUGGAUUACAUCUGACUUCCAUCAAUAUGACAUGACCUUUGACUUGGACAGAGUACGCACCGUUACAGUGACACUAGGGGAUGAAAAAGGAAAGGUUCAUGAGAGUAUCAAACGCAGCAACUGCUAUAUGGUGUGCGCUGGAGAGAGCAUGAGCCCUGGACAAGGACGCAACAACAAUGGACUAGAGAUUGGUUGCGUGGUCGAUGCUGCCAGUGGUCUGCUAACCUUCACUGCUAAUGGCAAGGAACUGAGCACCUAUUAUCAGGUUGAACCAAGUACUAAGUUAUUUCCUGCAGUAUUUGCACAAGCUACAAGCCCCAAUGUUUUCCAGUUUGAGUUGGGAAGGAUAAAGAAUGUAAUGCCAUUGUCUGCUGGCUUGUUCAAAAGCGAGCAUAAAAACCCAGUCCCUCAAUGCCCUCCCCGUCUCCAUGUCCAGUUUUUGACCCAUGUGCUGUGGAGCAGAAUGCCAAACCACUUUCUGAAGGUUGAUAUCUCACGGGUCAGUGAACGUCAAGGCUGGAUGGUACAGUGCUUGGAUCCUUUGCAGUUCAUGUCUCUCCAUAUCCCAGAAGAAAACAGGUCUAUAGAUAUUUUAGAACUGACAGAACAGGAAGAAUUGCUGAAAUUUCACUAUCAUACCCUCCGAUUGUAUUCAGCUGUUUGUGCUCUAGGGAACAACCGGGUGGCACAUGCUAUGUGCAGCCAUGUGGAUGAAUCUCAGCUUCUGUAUGGCAUUGAGAAUAAGUAUAUGCCAGGCUUGCUUCGCACAGGCUAUUAUGACUUACUCAUUGACAUCCACCUCAACACCUAUGCCACGGCCAGGUUAAUGAUGAAUAAUGAAUUUAUUGUUCCGAUGACAGAUGAGACCAAGAGCAUUACUCUGUUCCCUGAUGAGAACAAAAAACAUGGCCUCCCUGGUAUAGGACUCAGCACCUCACUACGACCUAGAAUCCAGUUCUCGUCUCCCAGUUUUGUAAGCAUUAGCAGCGAGUGCUAUCAGUUUAGCCCUGAAUUUCCUCUGGAUAUCUUAAAGGCCAAAACUAUAGAGAUGCUGACUGAGGCUGUUCAAGAGGGCAACCUCCAUGUCAGAGAUCCAGUAGGGGGUACGACAGAGUUUCUAUUUGUCCCUCUCAUCAAGCUUUUUUACACUCUGCUAAUCAUGGGAGUCUUCCAUAAUGGGGAUCUGAAACACAUCUUGCAGCUGAUUGAGCCCAGCGUUUUUAAGGAAGGCAUGAGCCAGGAGGAUGAGAGUGAAGUGCCAGAGAAGGAGUUGAGUACAGAGGAGUUAAAGCCAGAAAGAGGAGAGGAAGAAGUCAAAGGGGGGCAGGUGCUGACGGAAGGCCUUCUUCAAAUGAAACUUCCUGAACCAGUAAAAUUACAGAUGUGUUACCUACUCCAGUACCUCUGUGACUGCCAGAUACGUCACCGGAUAGAAGCCAUUGUAGCAUUUUCUGAUGAUUUUGUGUUUAAGCUUCAAGAGAAUCAGCGAUUCCGAUACAAUGAAGUUAUGCAGGCCUUAAACAUGUCUGCCGCACUGACAGCAAGAAAAACAAGAGAGUUUCGGUCUCCACCUCAAGAGCAGAUUAACAUGCUUCUGAAUUUUAAGGAUGAUAAAAGUGAUUGUCCUUGCUCUGAAGAAAUUAGAGAUCAACUCUUGGAGUUCCAUGAGGACUUAAUGACACAUUGUGGAAUUGAAUUAGAUGAAGAUGGAGCCCUGGAUGGAAACAGUGAUUUAACCAUUAGAGGUCGCCUGAUGUACCUAGUAGAAAAAGUCACAUAUUUAAAGAAGAAACAAAAUGAGAAACCAGCUGAUAAUGAUGCUAAGAAGCCCUCCACUCUUCAGCAAUUGAUUUCAGAGACCAUGGUACGCUGGGCUCAGGAGUCAAUAAUAGAGGAUCCGGAGUUAGUGAGGGCCAUGUUUGUAUUGCUGCAUCGCCAGUAUGAUGGUAUCGGUGGUCUGGUUCGAAGCUUACCGAAGACCUACACCAUAAAUGGUGUAUCAGUGGAAGAUACAAUCAACCUCUUGGCAUCCCUGGGCCAGAUCCGUUCCUUGCUUAGCGUCAGAAUGGGCAAGGAGGAAGAGAAGCUUAUGAUUCGUGGAUUAGGAGACAUCAUGAAUAAUAAAGUGUUUUACCAACAUCCUAAUCUUAUGAGGGCUCUAGGAAUGCAUGAGACUGUCAUGGAAGUGAUGGUCAAUGUACUCGGAGGAGGAGAAUCCAAGGAAAUCACGUUUCCUAAGAUGGUGGCAAAUUGCUGUCGUUUUCUAUGUUAUUUCUGCCGCAUCAGCAGGCAGAAUCAAAAGGCUAUGUUUGAUCAUCUUAGUUACUUAUUGGAAAACAGCAGUGUUGGACUUGCUUCCCCUUCUAUGCGAGGAUCAACCCCUCUAGAUGUUGCAGCAGCAUCUGUGAUGGAUAACAAUGAACUUGCACUAGCUUUAAGGGAGCCUGACCUGGAGAAGGUAGUUCGCUAUUUGGCUGGAUGUGGUUUGCAAAGCUGCCCUUUGCUGGUUUUUAAGGGAUAUCCAGACAUUGGAUGGAAUCCAGUUGAAGGAGAGCGGUAUCUGGAUUUUCUUCGCUUUGCAGUUUUUUGCAAUGGAGAGAGUGUUGAAGAGAAUGCUAAUGUUGUGGUCAGGCUACUUAUUCGUCGUCCUGAGUGCUUUGGUCCAGCAUUGAGAGGGGAAGGAGGUAACGGGUUACUUGCUGCCAUGGAGGAAGCAAUAAAAAUAUCAGAAGAUUCUACUAGAGAUGGACCUUCCCCAAGUAAUGGAUCCAGUAAAACUCUUGAGAUGGAAGAAGAAGAUGACACUAUCCACAUGGGAAAUGCCAUCAUGACCUUUUACGCUGCUUUGAUUGACCUGUUAGGACGUUGUGCCCCUGAAAUGCAUCUAAUCCAUGCUGGCAAAGGGGAAGCCAUUAGGAUCAGGUCAAUUCUGCGGUCUUUGAUUCCCCUGGAAGAUCUGGUGGGUGUAAUUAGCAUUCCUUUCCACAUGCCAACAAUAGCUAAAGAUGGUACUGUGGUGGAACCUGACAUGUCAGCGGGGUUUUGCCCAGAUCACAAGGCAGCCAUGGUUUUGUUCCUUGACAGAGUCUAUGGAAUUGAGGACCAGGAUUUCCUUCUACAUCUCCUUGAAGUUGGCUUUCUGCCAGAUCUCCGUGCCGCUGCUUCCUUAGACACGGCUGCUCUGAGUGCUACAGACAUGGCCUUGGCUCUGAAUCGAUACCUUUGUACUGCAGUCUUGCCUUUGUUGACCAGAUGUGCUCCUCUUUUUGCUGGCACAGAGCACCAUGCCUCCCUCAUAGAUUCCUUAUUACAUACUGUGUACAGACUCUCCAAGGGCUGCUCUCUUACCAAAGCUCAGCGGGAUUCCAUUGAAGAAUGUUUACUCUCUAUUUGUGGCCAAUUGAGGCCUUCCAUGAUGCAACACUUGCUAAGGAGAUUAGUGUUUGAUGUUCCUCUAUUAAACGAGCAAACAAAGAUGCCUCUGAAGUUGCUGACAAAUCAUUACGAAAGAUGCUGGAAGUAUUAUUGCCUGCCAAGUGGGUGGGGCAACUUUGGUGCUGCAUCAGAAGAAGAACUUCAUUUAUCCAGAAAGUUGUUCUGGGGUAUCUUUGAUGCCCUGUCUCAAAAGAAGUAUGAACAGGAACUGUUCAAACUGGCUUUGCCCUGCCUGAGUGCAGUUGCAGGAGCUUUACCCCCAGACUACAUGGAAUCCAAUUAUGUCAGUAUGAUGGAAAAACAGGCUUCAAUGGAUUCAGAUGGGAACUUUAACCCACAACCUGUUGAUACCUCAAAUAUUACAAUUCCUGAAAAGCUAGAAUAUUUCAUUAACAAAUAUGCAGAACAUUCUCAUGAUAAAUGGUCAAUGGAAAAGUUUGCAAAUGGAUGGAUAUAUGGUGAAACAUAUUCUGAGUCUUCCAAGGUGCAGCCAUUAAUGAAACAAUAUAAAUUAUUAUCAGAAAAGGAAAAAGAAAUUUAUCGGUGGCCAAUCAAAGAAUCUUUGAAAACCAUGCUAGCUUGGGGAUGGCGGAUUGAAAGGACAAGGGAAGGAGAUAGUAUGGCCCUUUAUAAUCGGACACGUCGCAUAUCUCAGACAAGUCAGGUGUCUGUAGAUGCUGCCCAUGGUUACACCCCUCGAGCUAUCGACAUGAGCAAUGUUACCCUCUCCAGAGAUCUGCAUGCAAUGGCUGAGAUGAUGGCUGAAAACUACCAUAACAUAUGGGCAAAGAAAAAGAAAAUGGAACUGGAAGCAAAAGUAGGAGGAGGCAACCAUCCUCUGCUGGUUCCCUAUGACACGCUGACAGCCAAAGAAAAAGCCAAAGACCGAGAGAAAGCACAGGAUAUUUUCAAGUUUCUACAGAUCAAUGGAUAUGUUGUCUCCAGAGGAUUAAAGGACCUGGAGUUAGACACACCUUCCAUUGAGAAACGAUUCGCUUACAGUUUCCUUCAGCAGCUGAUAAGAUACGUGGAUGAAGCCCAUCAGUACAUUCUGGAGUUUGAUGGUGGCAGCAGAGGCAAAGGAGAACAGUUCCCUUAUGAGCAAGAAAUCAAGUUCUUUGCCAAAGUUGUGCUCCCUUUAAUUGAUCAGUAUUUCAAAAAUCAUCGGCUGUAUUUCCUAUCUGCAGCAAGCAGGCCUCUGAGCAGCGGGGGACAUGCCUCUAACAAGGAGAAAGAAAUGGUGACAAGCCUGUUCUGCAAACUUGGAGUUCUUGUCAGGCAUAGGAUUUCACUGUUUGGAAAUGAUGCAACAUCAAUAGUCAACUGUCUUCAUAUACUUGGCCAGACUUUGGAUGCAAGGACUGUGAUGAAGACUGGUCUGGAGUCUGUUAAAAUGGCAUUGAGAGCAUUUUUGGAUAAUGCCGCAGAAGAUCUGGAGAAGACAAUGGAAAAUCUUAAGCAAGGCCAGUUUACACACACAAGAAAUCAGCCAAAAGGAGUGACACAAAUCAUUAACUACACCACAGUGGCUCUCCUUCCAGUGCUCUCUUCAUUAUUUGAACACAUUGGACAGCAUCAAUUUGGAGAAGACAUAAUAUUGGAAGAUGUUCAGGUCUCUUGUUACAGAAUAUUGGCCAGCUUGUACUCUCUAGGAACCAGCAAGAGUAUCUAUGUGGAGCGGCAGCGCUCAGCCUUAGGAGAAUGUUUGGCUGCUUUUGCUGGUGCCUUCCCUGUGGCCUUUUUGGAAACUCAUCUGAACAAACAUAAUACCUACUCUAUCUACAACACCAAGUCUUCAAGAGACAGAGCAGCUCUCAAUUUGCCAAUCAGUGUAGAAGAGGUUUGUCCAAAAAUUCCUUCCCUGGAGAAGUUAAUGGAAGAAAUUGUGGAAUUGGCAGAGUCUGGUAUCCGUUACACACAAAUGCCACAUAUAAUGGAAGUGAUAUUGCCUAUGCUGUGUAGCUACAUGUCACACUGGUGGGAACAUGGACCAGAAAACAAUCCCGACAAGGCUGAAAUGUGCUGCACAGCCUUGACCUCAGAGCACAUGAACACUCUGUUGGGUAACAUACUGAAAAUCAUCUAUAACAACCUGGGUAUUGAUGAGGGAGCCUGGAUGAAGAGAUUAGCAGUGUUUUCCCAGCCUAUCAUAAGCAAAGUGAAGCCCCAGCUCUUAAAGACCCACUUCCUGCCACUGAUGGAUAAGUUGAAGAAAAAAGCAGCAAUGGUUGUAUCAGAUGAAGACCAUCUAAGAGCAGAAGGCAGAGGUGACAUGUCUGAGGCUGAACUGCUUAUCCUAGAUGAGUUCACCAUUUUGGCACGGGACCUCUAUGCCUUCUACCCUUUGUUGAUUAGAUUUGUGGACUAUAACAGGGCAAAAUGGCUGAAAGAACCCAACUCAGAAGCAGAGGAAUUGUUCCGCAUGGUGGCUGAAGUAUUCAUUUAUUGGUCAAAAUCCCACAAUUUCAAAAGGGAAGAGCAGAAUUUUGUGGUACAGAAUGAAAUCAACAACAUGUCUUUCCUUAUUACUGACACCAAAUCCAAGAUGUCUAAGGCAGCUCUUUCUGAUCAGGAGAGAAAGAAAAUGAAGCGAAAAGGGGACCGGUAUUCUGUGCAGACAUCUCUCAUUGUAGCAGCACUGAAGAGAUUACUACCUAUUGGUCUAAAUAUUUGUGCACCCAGAGACCAAGAGUUAAUUGCACUGGCCAAAAACAGAUUCAGCAUGAAAGACACUGAAGAUGAAGUUAGGGAUAUUAUCCACAGUAAUCUUCAUCUGCAGGGCAAGCUCGAGGAUCCUGCCAUUAGGUGGCAGAUGGCCCUUUACAAAGAUUUACCAAACAGGACCGAAGAUACUUCAGAUCCAGAGAAGACCGUGGAAAGAGUUCUGCAUAUAGCUAAUGUACUUUUCCACCUGGAACAGGUUGAGCAUCCUCAGAGGUCCAAAAAGGCAGUGUGGCACAAACUGCUGUCCAAACAGAGAAAAAGAGCAGUAGUGGCCUGCUUUAGAAUGGCUCCAUUGUAUAAUCUGCCAAGGCAUCGAGCUGUCAAUCUCUUUCUUCAAGGUUACGAAAAGUCUUGGAUUGAAACAGAAGAGCAUUACUUUGAAGAUAAACUGAUAGAAGAUUUAGCAAAACCUGGAGCGGAGCCACCAGAGGAGGAUGAAGGCAUUAAAAGAGUUGAUCCGCUGCAUCAGCUUAUUCUGCUUUUCAGUCGAACAGCCUUAACUGAAAAAUGCAAACUGGAGGAAGAUUACUUGUAUAUGGCAUAUGCUGACAUUAUGGCAAAGAGCUGUCAUGAUGAAGAGGAUGAUGAUGGUGAAGAAGAAGUGAAGAGUUUUGAAGAAAAAGAAAUGGAAAAACAGAAGCUUCUGUACCAGCAAGCAAGACUGCAUGAUCGGGGUGCUGCAGAGAUGGUGCUUCAAACAAUCAGCGCCAGCAAAGGUGAGAUGGGUCCCAUGGUUGCAGCCACCUUAAAGCUUGGGAUUGCCAUCUUAAAUGGAGGAAAUUCUACAGUUCAACAGAAAAUGCUCGACUACCUCAAGGACAAAAAGGAUGUGGGCUUCUUUCAGAGCCUUGCUGGUCUUAUGCAGUCAUGUAGCGUUCUUGACCUAAAUGCAUUUGAACGCCAAAACAAAGCAGAGGGCCUUGGCAUGGUGACAGAAGAGGGAUCAGUCAUCACUCAUGAGCGUGGAGAAAAAGUAAUGCAGGAUGACGAAUUCACCUGUGACCUCUUCCGAUUCCUCCAGUUGCUUUGUGAAGGACACAGUUCAGAUUUUCAGAAUUAUUUGAGAACUCAAACUGGUAACAACACAACUGUCAAUAUUAUCAUCUCCACUGUGGAUUACUUACUGAGAGUUCAGGAAUCAAUUAGUGAUUUCUACUGGUAUUAUUCUGGGAAGGAUGUUAUUGAUGAGCAAGGACAACGUAAUUUCUCCAAAGCAAUUCAAGUUGCAAAACAGGUCUUCAAUACUCUCACAGAGUAUAUUCAGGGUCCAUGUACAGGGAACCAGCAGAGUCUGGCACACAGCAGGCUGUGGGACGCAGUGGUUGGUUUUCUUCAUGUGUUUGCCCACAUGCAGAUGAAACUAUCUCAGGAUUCCAGUCAAAUUGAAUUACUGAAAGAGUUAAUGGAUCUUCAGAAGGAUAUGGUGGUCAUGUUGUUGUCUAUGCUGGAAGGUAAUGUUGUGAAUGGAACUAUUGGCAAGCAGAUGGUUGACAUGCUAGUGGAGUCUUCCAACAACGUGGAGAUGAUUCUGAAGUUUUUUGAUAUGUUCUUAAAGUUGAAGGAUUUAACUUCAUCUGAUGCAUUCAAGGAAUAUGACCCUGAUGGUAAGGGUAUAAUUUCAAAGAGGGACUUUCAGAAGGCCAUGGAAAGCCAUAAGCACUACACCCAGUCUGAAACUGAGUUUCUACUAUCUUGCACUGAGACGGAUGAGAAUGAGACUCUGGAUUAUGAGGAAUUUGUGAAACGGUUCCAUGAACCUGCCAAAGACAUUGGUUUCAAUGUUGCUGUUCUCCUGACCAACCUUUCAGAGCACAUGCGCCAUGAUACCCGGUUACAGACUUUUCUUGAGCUAGCAGAGAGCGUUCUGAAUUAUUUUCAGCCCUUCCUUGGACGCAUAGAAAUCAUGGGUAGUGCAAAGCGCAUUGAGCGAGUUUACUUUGAAAUAAGUGAGUCAAGUCGAACUCAGUGGGAGAAACCUCAGGUUAAAGAGUCAAAGAGGCAGUUUAUCUUUGAUGUAGUAAAUGAAGGAGGAGAGAAGGAAAAGAUGGAACUUUUUGUUAAUUUCUGUGAGGAUACCAUCUUUGAAAUGCAGCUAGCUGCCCAGAUCUCUGAGUCAGAUUUGAAUGAGAGGUCCACAAAUAAAGAAGAGAAUGAAAAAGAUAAGCCUGAGGAACAGGACCCUAGAAUGGGCUUCUUCUCCCUUGUGACUGUCAAGUCAGCCUUGGUAGCCCUCAAGUAUAAUAUAAUGACUCUUACAAAAAUGCUCAGCAUGAAGAGUCUAAAGAAGCAGAUGAAGAAAAUGAAGAAAAUGACCAUGAAGGACAUGUUCAUGGCUUUAUUUUCUUCCUACUGGAGCAUCUUGAUGGGCUUACUGCAUUUCACCUGUAGUGUUUUCCGAGGCUUCUUUCGCAUCAUGUACAGUUUGCUACUCGGAGGAAGCUUGGUAGAAGGGGCUAAGAAGAUCAAGGUAGCUGAACUUUUAGCCAAUAUGCCAGAUCCCACUCAGGAUGAGGUACGUGGCGAAGGGGAAGAGGGAGAGAGGAAACCCACAGAAGCUGCAUUGCCAGCAGAAGAUCUGACUGAUCUGACAGCUUUAUCAGAUGAUGGUGACCUACUCUCAGACAUAUUUGGCUUGGAUUUGAAAAGAGAAGGAGGCCAGUAUAAGCUGAUUCCUCAUAAUCCAAAUGCUGGUCUGAGUGAUUUGUUGAGCACACCUUCCUUACUUCCAUUACCUGAGAUGCAGGAAAAAAUUCAGGAGCAGAAAGUGAAUGAAGGUGAAAAGGAGGAGAAAGAAGAAACUAAAUCGGAACCUGAAAAAGCAGAGGGAGAAGAUGGAGAAAAGGAAGAAAAAGCCAAAGAAGACAAAGGGAAACAGAAGCUGAGACAGCUUCAUGCACACAGAUAUGGAGAACCAGAAGUGCAGGAAUCAGCCUUCUGGAAGAAAAUCAUAGCAUACCAGCAGAAACUUCUUAACUAUUUUGCUCGCAAUUUUUAUAACAUGAGGAUGUUGGCUUUGUUUGUUGCUUUUGCCAUCAACUUCAUCCUGCUCUUCUAUAAGGUCUCCACCUCUGCUGUGAUAGAAGAAAAGGAAGUUCUUGUGGUAAAUGCUGAGGAAGACUCCAAGUUAAACAGCCUGGAAAGUGGCUCCCAUAGGAUCAUCGCUGUGCACUAUGUCCUUGAAGAAAGCAGUGGCUAUAUGGAACCCACACUGCGGAUUUUGGCUAUCCUACACACAGUCAUCUCCUUUUUCUGCAUCAUUGGAUAUUACUGUUUGAAAGUUCCCCUGGUUAUUUUUAAGCGUGAAAAGGAAGUUGCAAGGAAAUUGGAAUUUGAUGGGCUGUACAUUACAGAACAGCCUUCAGAAGAUGAUAUUAAAGGGCAGUGGGACAGACUCGUCAUCAACACACAAUCUUUUCCUAACAACUAUUGGGACAAGUUUGUUAAAAGAAAGGUUAUGGAUAAAUAUGGGGAGUUCUAUGGCCGGGACAGAAUCAGUGAGUUACUAGGAAUGGACAAGGCUGCUCUGGAUUUUAGCGAUGCCCGAGAAAAAAAGAAACCAAAGAAAGAUAGCUCCUUAUCUGCUGUGCUAAAUUCCAUUGACGUAAAGUAUCAGAUGUGGAAAUUAGGAGUUGUUUUCACUGAUAAUUCUUUCCUUUACCUAGCCUGGUAUAUGACUAUGUCAAUCCUUGGCCAUUACAACAACUUUUUCUUUGCUGCUCAUCUCCUUGACAUUGCAAUGGGAUUCAAGACACUACGAACUAUUCUGUCAUCAGUAACCCAUAAUGGCAAACAGCUUGUGUUAACAGUGGGAUUACUGGCAGUGGUAGUCUACUUGUACACAGUAGUGGCAUUCAAUUUUUUCCGUAAAUUCUACAACAAGAGUGAAGAUGGAGAUAUGCCAGAUAUGAAAUGUGAUGAUAUGCUAACAUGCUACAUGUUUCAUAUGUAUGUUGGAGUGCGUGCGGGCGGAGGCAUUGGUGAUGAAAUUGAGGAUCCAGCAGGAGAUGAAUAUGAGAUCUAUCGGAUCAUCUUUGACAUUACUUUCUUCUUCUUUGUAAUUGUCAUUCUGCUAGCCAUCAUACAAGGUUUAAUUAUUGAUGCUUUUGGAGAAUUAAGAGACCAACAAGAACAAGUUAAAGAAGACAUGGAGACCAAAUGCUUUAUCUGUGGGAUAGGCAAUGACUACUUUGACACAGUGCCCCAUGGCUUUGAAACACACACCCUGCAGGAGCACAACUUGGCCAAUUAUCUAUUUUUUCUGAUGUAUCUCAUUAACAAAGAUGAAACAGAGCAUACAGGGCAGGAAUCCUAUGUAUGGAAAAUGUAUCAAGAACGGUGCUGGGAGUUUUUCCCUGCUGGUGACUGCUUCCGAAAACAGUAUGAAGACCAGCUCAACUAAAUACGAAUGAGGAUCACCACUGAAAAUAUGUCCAUCCAUUUCCCAGCUCUUUAGGGAAUAACUGAUUUCUCGAUUCUCCAAAGCUGUGUGCUUUUUGGAGCACCAAAGCUGUGUUUCUGAUUACCUGACUUUGCUGGGUUUUUUUUCCUGUUUAUUUGCUUUGAGAACAAUGGAGCAAAGAACAAUGAAAACUUAAAACAGCAACUCAUGGGGGGAAAAACAUACACCCACACAUAAAUCCACAUACAUAACAUGCACGCACACAAAGAGGCAAUUAUUUUAUGAGACUGCCAGAUGAAUCCCUUGACUCUGAGAAUACACGUGGGAUAAUGUGGUAGUGACAUUUAUUCAAUCUAUUUAUUUCAUCAUCCUGGAAGAAACUAUAUAGUUCACAAAGCACUGUAAAGGAUUGUUUUGGACACUAAGUUGUGGGGAAAUAGUGCCUUACUAUAUGUGGGUUGAGCUAUGCAGAAGAUGAGUGCAUGACGACAUCUUAUCUUUUCUUUGUGCCCUCCCUUUCUCCCCAGUUAAUAUUUAUUUUGUGUUUUGGUGAGGUUGUGGGGGGAGGGGUUUGACUGUGCACACCUUUUUAAUAAGACAGUGGCGUGUCUCAGGACAAGAGUAGGUUAUUCUCAUCAAGCUAAAUUCACAUUUACCUUCCUCUUUUGCUCUUGCUCUUAUUUUGGUAAUGCUCUGAUGCAACACUGCAACUUUAUGAAAUCUUUGUAUGAAAACAGAAAGACUGAAAAACACUUUAAAAAGAAAUAUUUCAUUGCAUGUUUAUUAUGCAAGUUUAAAACCAAGAAACAAAAACAACAACCUUCAAAAGCAAGUUGAUCAACAUGAGAAAAACAAUCACAAUAAUCAUACUCAUAGUAAUAAAGUGUUGUGGGCUUUAUUGUACAUUUGGAACCAGUGUCAUCAGCCAACAAUGUAUAUGUUAUGAACUUAACGGUAGUUUUGGUUUAAUUUCUUUUUCUCUUUCUUUCAUUUUUGCCACCUGUGAUCAAUAGUGGAGUUAAAGAUUUUCUUGUUAGACCAUUUUUUAAAAUCAAAGCUGAAGCAAUAUCCAUUCAGGGAGUCAUCAGGUCCAUCAUGAAGCACCAAUGAUGUGUACAUCAGUCCAUUUUGAGUCCUUUUCAAUUGUAAUGACAGUCUUUACAAAUAAAAAGAGAAAUUCAGAAUGGAAGCAA